GAAAAAUAAAUGAUCCUCCACGAAGAUGAAGCUUUUCGAUUGUAUUCGGUGUCUCAAGACGCUGAAUCAACGACAGUCGUCGCGACAACGCAAUUGCGAGACGACGGAUCCACUGGUGAUGACGAAACGACCACCCACGCGUCGUCAACGUUAUCAACCUCAUCAUCGUCGCUUCGAAGGCCCGCAGAAGGUGGCUUCGUCGCGAUCCAACGCCCGAUUUCUAACCACGAUACGUAGCUUCAGCGCUUCGUGGAAACGGCGAGGACUCGCGAGGACUAAGAGCAAGCAUGAGAUCCGUACGAAACCAAGGAAACUUACCAACGAUGAGAUCAAAUCGAAGGGCGUGGGAAUCCCCAAGACGGUUAAUGGAAUCCACCUGAAGAGGAAGAGGAAGAUCCCGGCGAAAAGCGUGGAAAUGUCGAAUGGCAACGACACCGGACGAUGGGAGGAAGUCAACGUCGCCGGAAGAAGGGCCGGGGAGCUCGAGCGUGAAUAUUAUGAGCACCUGGAAGCGCUGAAGUUCCUCAUCGACCCUCCGCCGUGCUUCCGUAACACGGAGACCCGGCAGAACUUUGAAAACAAGUUGAACAGUCUUGAUUUCAGACGGAUGAACACCGUGGCGAUUCCCGCGGGAUCCGAUACUAAUGGAUAUCAGCAUCUAGAAGGUCCCAACGGGUUCCAGAGCUCGAUCCGUGAAAACAAUCUACUCGAUCGCAGAUCGUACGCAGACACCCUGGACCGCAUCGUCGAGGAACACCUGAAGAUCGAGCGCACGAUGAUGGACCUGUUCGUUAGGGCGCCGAUUCUGAAGAGUCGACAUGGCGAACAGGUGUUGUCCCCCGCGCGGGAGAACAAAACUGUUCGCUUCAUGGAUGAGGUGGAGCGCUCGGGAACAUCUGUCGAACGAGGGAAAGAAGGAUUGAGACCCGAGGGUGAAGGUCGUGAGGCCGCAGGGAUGGAAUUCGAUAAUCUCGUAAAGACUGAAGAAAUCUCGGACUUCUCCCGCGACCGGAUACCGAACGAGUGCUCGAACGUGUUCGAUGUCGAAACGCGGAACGGUAGGUAGCGAUUAACUUCAAUUUGGGAGGAGAUUUAGAAAACGUCGGAACAUAUCGGAAAAAGCGAUUUAACGUCGAAACAUAUCGGAAAAA